GCCGCCGAGGGCGGACUCUCCGCCGCCGCAGCCCGGAUGCCGCCGCCGCCGCCGCGUUCCUGGCCGCUCUCCCGGCCCCGCUGCCGCCGCUUCCUCCAGGAGCUGCCGGCGGGGAGGGGGCCCAAGGGCUUCUCCUCCUCUCGCCGGGUUAUUUUUUCCGGUGCUUGCUCCAGCGGGGGAGGUGGGAAGAGCCAAAGGCGGCGGUACCCCCUUCCCGCCCCCCUUCUCUCCGCCGCGGCACAUGGGAAGCAAAACUUUUCCUCCUGCUCGUCCUGCCGCUGCUGCUCGGUGCCCUCCGCCGGCUGCCCUCGCCCCGCAGCCCCCCCGGGCCGCCCCCCGGCCGCCCGAGGAUGCGGCGGCUCCGCUCGGACACCGAUGUCCCGCUGGCCAGCGAGGCAUAGAGCCGGGCAGGAGCGUGCCCAGGGCCAGCCCGGAGCGGAGGCGAGCCUGCCAUCGCAUCUUCCGCGGGGAUCUUGGCGGAGGGACGCGGCUCCGGGGCCACAGCCAUCAGAUGCUUUAGCAGCGCCGGCGAGGCAGCAUCGCCGCGCUGCGGGCUCGCCAUGGGCACCGGGAUGUGCUCCCGGAGGCAGAAGGGGCUGCUGCAGAGCGCCCUGUGCCUGCUCACCGCGGCCUGCCUGGCCUCCGGCGUGCUGCUCUACAGCCACCUGCAGCACAAGGUGCGGGACGCCGAGGCGCUGGCGCAGAAAUACAAACAGCAGCAGGAAGCGCUCUCAGCCCAGCUGCAAGUGGUGUACGAGCACCGAUCCCGCCUGGAGCGCUCCCUGCAGAAGGAGAGAGGGGAGCACAAGAAGACAAAGGAAGAUUUUUUGGUGUACAAGUUAGAAGCUCAGGAAGCUCUCAACAAGGAGAAGCAAGACUCCAUGAACAGAUACGGGGCGCUCAGCUCCCAGCACAAGAUCCUGAAGAACCAGCACGACGAUGUGAAGAAGCAGCUGCUGGACCUGCAGCUGCAGCACAACAGCCUCAGGCUGGAGCACCGCAAGAGCCUGGAGAGCCACAGCCAGAGGGUGGCCCAGCUGCAGCAGGAGAGGGACAGCCAGGUCACCAACCUGCAGGACACGGUGUUUAAACUCCGAGAAGAGAGCAAACUCCUCAGGAAGGCCCACCAGGAGGUUCACUCCCAGCUCCUCAAUGCCCAGGCCCAGAUGGAGGAGUUCAGGCAGCUCAAGGAGGCUCUGCAGAGGAUGCCAGGCUUGAGAGGAGGAGGAGGAGGAGGAGGAGGAGGAGGAGGAGGAGGAGGAGGCAGCAGCCAGCUGCAGCCCAGGGGACACAAGGUGUGUUAUUCCCAGGAAAACCAUCCGGCCCGCGCUGCCCUCGGCACUGCCAGCCCAGGGACCCUCGGGGCUCGCCGGCCCCAGGGCACAGGAGCCCCCCAGCCCCAGCCCGCCGUGCCAGCCGUGCCAGCCGUGCCAGCCGUGCCAGCCGUGCCAGCCGUGCCAGCCGUGCCAGCCGUGCCAGCCUGGCACGGGGACAGCGGCGCCGCGCGCUUCACCCGCACCAUGAACAGCCUGCCCAACCCCGAUGUGAAUUUGGUGAUGCGCAUCCAGGUGAGGAGCCACGAGCAGAGCCAGGCCCCUGGGCUGUCCCUGCCUGAGCCAGGACAGCCCUCUCCAGCAGAAAAUCCCCCAGUGCCAGACAGCCACCACCCAGCAGGGAACAGACAGGAGCAAAUGCAGAGCUGGAAGGAGCUGGUCAGCAAGGUGAACGCCCAGCUGGACGAGGAGCAAGCACGUGGCUACCCCAGGAACCCUGAGCUUGCCCCCCGGGCCGGGCAGAAGGCGCAGAGGGGCAGCCCCCAGCCCCCCAGCCCGAGGAGAGGGGCUGGGCAGGACAGGGUGGAUGAGGAGGAGCUGGAAAUGGACGCAGGAGUGAUCGACAGGGAGGAGAACGCGCCCUCGCAGAAGGAGGCCGUGGUGGUCCAGGAGCCCCUGAUGCCAGAGGAGGCUGCAGACCCUGCCCAGGACCCCAAUAACCAGGGUGAGGAUGAGUUUGAGGAGGCUGAGCUGGAGCGACCUGACUUUGAGGAGAAGGUGGGAGGCUCCGAGAAGUUUAAGGAGCGCAGCGUCAAAGAAGAGUCCAAGGAGAAGCCACCAAAGGAUGCUGGCAGAGCUGCCAAGCCCAGGGAAGAGCCACUGGAGGACUACCAAGAAGAUCAGGAGCAAGAAAUUGAGGAUCACGGAGGGGAGGUGGAUGACAACGAUGACCUGGAGCUUGUCCAGGAGCAGAAGGGCCGAGCGGGGAUGCAGGGAGCUGGUGGCAAGAAGGAUGACUACUUCUGAGAGCUGCUGAAGGAAAACGGGAUGCUCCAGGAACGAGGGGAUAGGAGCUCCUCCUGGGACCUGGCUCCUCAUUCAAACACUGCCCAGAACAAAGGCAGGAGGAGGGAAAUGUCUGCAGGCCCUUGCAGGGGGUUUGCAGGCCACAAUUCCACCUCGGUGUGAGGCCACUGCUGCCUCCCCGGGCUAUGGGGAGAUCUCUCAGACUGGGAAUGAUCUGACCCUGCUGCUUUUCUGAGAAGCACUUUUGGAUUUCCCGUGUUCUUCGCCCUCUUGUUUUUCACAUCCCCUUUUGAAGCUGGAGAGGGGAGUUCUGGUUGGUUCUGGUUGGUUUUUGGGGGGUGUUUUUUACCUGCCCUGGGUAGCAGAGGGGUGCCUGAGCUGCUCCCUGGACUCACUCGACUGAUCUCUAAUACAAAGGAAUCUCUUCAUAAUCA